AUAGUUGCUGGUGGGUCGCGAGCACUUUCCGGUUCCCCGGCACCGGCCCGGGACGCCCACCCGCGUGCAAGACCGGGAGUGGCGGCAAGAGUCAAGUCCGCGCCUGCAACGCCGGCUACUGGGACGUUCUGGUCCCCGAACGCCUGCACCCGGGACUCUGGUUCCGAACGCAGCAGCGCACACAUUCCCGCUCCCCGGGUGGGGGUGGGGGCGGAAUGCACCCCCUCGGGAAAACAAUAACGACGACGAUACUAUAACUAAUAACGGCUGCAGUCUUGAGACUCCCGCCUUUCCUGGAGUGGAAUCGCUCGCCUAAUCUGAGCCGGGAGGUGGGAAGAACGUCCAGCCCAGGGGGAGUGGGGAGUGGACGCCUGAGGGCCGGGAGGACCUACUUAGUGUAAGAAAAGGAGAGCGAUGCGUGGCCAGGGCGGAAUUGAAAGGAAACUGACCAGCCCAGUGGGCGGAGGAUGGGGAGGUGGGAUUCUGCGUUUGGGGUCCCGAUCCUCACGGGGUGUGUGUGUGUGUGUGUGGCCCAUUUAACUAAUUUGCAUCCAGACAGGGCCCACCCAUGAGGUGGGUGUAGGCUGGUCAGUAUCUCGGUUAAGCUGGUAACUCAGCUGGUUCUCUACCUGGCAACUGAAGGGUUAGUCUGUCCACUGAACGGAUCGUUCCCAUUUUCUAGAAAGUGAGCACUGAGGCCCCAGGGAUGGAAGUCUGUGAAUCUCCUGGCCCUGCCAUUGACCAAAGCGAUGGGCACUUUAGUUUUUCUAGUGGGAAAGGGGUUUGGACAUUUUUUCCUGAAACCUGGGCAGGAAAUCCUUGGCUUGGAGACUGACAGGAUAAAGGACUCUCAGGCUUGGUCCCCAGGGAGAAUGGAUAAUGCCUGCUUUUGCUUCUUUGGCACACCCUAUGUGACCUUUCUCAAACCAGUUUCUUAUCAGGUCACACCUUGACUCCCAAACCUCCAACGGCUCCCCUAUGCUGGCUGAAAAAACUGCCCUUUUGCAUAGGGCAGGGGUGAUGGCCCUGACUCUGUUAUCAGACCAGCCUGGGUUUGCGCCCUUUUCCUGCCAGUCACAAGCUUGCACCCAGUCAAUGAUUUGGCAUUGUCCAGCUUCAGUUUCCUCUUCGGGAAAAUGGGGCUUGUGCAGGUAUGACCAAAUCUUUUUUUUUUCCUCCCUAAUGGAGAAAACAAGACUAACAUGUUUAAUUAGUCAUGUAAUUAAACGUGUUUAAUUUUGUUUUAUCCAGGGAUUGAACAUAAUAACUCUUUGGCCACUUGCAUAAUUCCCAUCAGUCCUUCAUUAAGUACUAGCCCUAGAGAAGAGAGUGUUUCUCCUAAAAUACUUAAGUGUUAACCUAGGUUGGGAGAAAGCCCUGGGAGCUGAUGACCCUUGACUAAACUGGGAAUGCAGUGGUCAGAUACAUUAGAAAAUGUAUAUAUCCUUUAAUCUCAUUCACAGCCAGUAGUUGUGAGAUAAUGAAAAUGUAGCAAUCCCAUUAAUUCCAUUCACUGUGGUCUUGCCCAUCAGGCAAAAUCCAGGGAGUCUUCCUCGGCUUUGCUCAGUCCAUUAGCAAAUAGUGAGGGCUCUCAACCCUCAAAAGAUAGCCUAAUCCAAUCACUUCUCCCCCCACCCCCCCACCCACCCUGUCCCAGACACCUGUCAUCUUCCACACCACCCACUGCAGUGGCUUCCUCACCAGGCUGUCUGCUUUUCCCUUUGCCCUCACAGUCCAUUCUUUCUUGCAGCAGGCAGAGGGAUCCUGUGAUUACCGGAAGUCAGACCCUGCCCCUCCUCUGCUCAGAACCAGCCCCGGGAGAGACCCAAGUCCUCAAGCCCCUGCACAUUCUGCCCUUGCCCCAGCCUCCUGCAUACUGGCCUCCUUGCUGUGCCUCAGUCUCCCUUCCAUGGGCUUUGCGUUUGCUGCUACCUCGAACUGGAAUGCUUUCCCCCCAGAUCUCCACAUGGCUCAAUUCCUCAUUUCAUUCUGGUCUUCGCUCCAAAGUAACCUUAUCAGAGAGAUCUUUCCUGAGCCUCUUCCUGGAAACCACCUCUUAUCCCCCAGGCAGGGCCAGGUGUCUGCUCUGGGCUCCUGAGGCCCCCGGGCUCCUUCAUUCCUGCCCUGCCCACUCUGGGUUGUCAUUGUCUGGAGACCUAGUAUGUGUCAUCCACUGGACUGUGAGCCCAGGAGGGCAGGGCUGGGCUCUUUCACUCCCAGCUGUGUCUUUAGCACCACCCAGCGUGGGCCAGGCAAAGAGCAGGCACUCAGGUAACAGGGGGAGUGAAUCCUUCCACAAAUGUUUACUGAGUUCCCCCUGGUUGCCAGGCCCUAAUUGGGGCUGGGGAUGGAGCUGUGAAGUAAUCAGAUAUGUCCCUUCUCUCGAAGGCUUAUGUUCUGUGACAGAACAGACAGCGCAUAGGCAAACAACUAAAUGCAUAUUGUCAGGAGGUGGUAGUGCUGUGGGAAAAAAAGAUACUGCAGGGUGAAAGGGCUAUUAUUUUCCUCCCUGUAAAGAUGAUGUUUGAGCAGCGAGCUGAAUGAAGUAAGGGAGGAAGGUGAGUCAUGUAUCUGGAAAUAUAUAUAUGUCUCCCAAAUGGAAGAGGGUUCCAGGCAGUAAGAACAGCAUGUGCAAAGGCCCUGAGGCAGGAAUGUUCUUGGCAUUUUCAGGGACUGACACCGGUGACCAAAGGGUAGAAGGAUGGGAGAUGAGGUCAGAGAGGUGAUAGGGCCUUGUAGCCAUCGUGAGGACUUUUGCUUUUGCGCUGGGUGGGAUAGGAGCCAUGGGAGGCCUCUGAGCGGAGGAGGGGUGUGAUCAGACUUAGUUCUAACAGGAAGAUCCCUCUGACAGCGGUGUGGGGAACAGACUGGGGUGAAGGUGGAGGCCAGGAGCCCAGGGGGGAGGCUACUGAAAUAGUCCAGGUGGGAGGUGAUGGUGACUAGACCAAGGAAGGGGCAGAGUAGGGGUGGUGAGAAGUUCCCAGAUUCUGGAUGCAUUUUUGAGGGUGGAGCUGACAAACUUGACUGAAGGGUUGGAUGUGGGUGGGAGAGAAAGCAAAGAGUCCAGGACACUGCGGAUAUCCUUUGCCUGUGUGAUCAGCAACCUCCCCUUGAAAGAUCUUCCUGACAGCCCUAGGAGGUCUUUUUUUAAUGUUUCAUUUCACGGAUGAGGAACUGGAUCAGGGAGGCUGUUCCUAGACUUGCAGUGAUCUGCCCAGACCCCUUGUAGUGAAUGUGGGAGGGCUGGGACCCACCCGCUCUCCCCCAGACCACACCGUCAUCCCCUAUGCCAGGUGAUGAGCUGUGGCCUGCCGCAGGUUCUCAUAUGGCUCAAGAGCUAAGAGUGGGUUUUGCAUUUUUAAGUGGUUGAAAAACUAACAAAAUCUUUUGUGGCGCAUGAAAGGAUAUAAAAUUCAAUAUCAGUGUCCCAAUAAGUAAGGUUUUAUUGGAGCACUGCCAUGUUUCCACGUGUUUCUGUAUUGUCUGGCCACUUUCCUCCUACUCUGGCAGAGUUAAGUAGUUGUGACAGAGACAGAGACAGGCCCUUGAAGCCUAAAAUAUUUACCAUUGGGCCCUUUACAAAGGAGAUUUGCUGACCUUUGCUAUAUGUUCUGCUAAUAAGAUUUGGGCCAGCAGCGGGGGUGUCCUAUCAGGAGGACUUGGCAGGUAGUUACACAGGGGCUGGGAAAGAUCCGGGUCAGGGACAGAAAGAGGUUUGGGGAGUGCGUGACAGUAAGGCUAGGAGAGGGAGUUCAGAUUCCUGGGAGGGAGGAUCUAACUUUUUUUUUUUUUGCGGUUCGCGGGCCUCUCACUGUGUGGCCUCUUCCGUUGCGGAGCACAGGCUCCGGACGCGCAGGCUCAGCGGACCGGGGCCCGAACCCGUGUCCCCUGCAUCGACAGGCAGACUCUCAACCACUGCGCCACCAGGGAAGCCCAAACUGCCCCGCUGACAGCACCUUACAAUACGACAAAGAAUGGUCCAGGCCCAAGUGUCAAUAGUGCCAAAGUCGAGAAGCCCUGGUCCAUUGCUCUGAAGGAUCCUUUCUUGCAAGGAGCUGACAGUUGAGCUGCAGAGACAGGAAGAGCCUCACAAGAAAGAUGACAAUCCCAAUCACCCCUGUACGCCAGGAUAAUGCAGACUCCACCGACCACUCCUGUGCCCGUGCUCCGGCUCCCCCGGGGCCCUGAUGGCUUGAGCCGAGGCUUUGCCCCCGACGGACGCAGAGCUCCCCUGAAACCGGUGGUUCCUGAAAUCCCAGAGUCUCAAGAAUCUCAGGAAUCCCAGGAACAGCGGGCCCGAGCCGCCCUUCGGGAGCGCUACCUCCGCAGCCUGCUGGCCAUGGUGGGGCGCCAGGUGAGCUUCACGUUGCACGAGGGUGUGCAUGUGACCGCCCACUUCGGAGCCACUGACCUGGACGUGGCCAACUUCUACGUGUCGCAGCUGCAGACUCCGAUAGGCGUGCAGGCUGAGGCGCUGCUCCGGUGUAGUGACAUUAUCUCAUACACCUUCAAACCGUAAAGAUGUUACCGCGUUCAUCAUUCUGCCUUGGGCGUAGCCACAGUCUCCCAGGUCUCCAUAUGCUCCUGAGCUUGGCCCUCUGGGCCCCAGAGAGUUCGGAACACCCUUGGAAUUUUGAGCCAAGCUUCAAGCAACUCUGGCUUCUCGGGACAGUAAAAUUCUGCGGCCCCAAGAGUUCUAGAUCCUCUUGAAAGGAAGGCUGUACCUCACAGAACUCUAAACUGUACAGAUGCACGGGCCUCAUGCCCGUUCCUGAAGAUUCCGGGUGGAGAGAGGGAAUAAAGGAAGGCAAAUUGUCUAGUGGGAAAUUGUCUGUUGAAGAGGCUGCAAAGUUCAGCCACCCUGGAAAUACUCCCCGCCUGCCAAAGUACCAGUUAUCCCAGGAAAA